AUGCCUUUUGGUGGAAAAAAAAAACAAAGGACCAAAAAGACAAAAAGGAGGGAAACCUGUCAGACAACCGUGCGACCACCCCAGACCGGUCACCCAGCUGAGAACGAUCCUCUACCGCUUGAUGAUUCCAAGGAACCACCAGAAGCUGUUAAUCACGCUCUGAUCACACGGUUUGGUGCUGCAUUCAUGCCUGGACCUUCAUUUGGUUCGGUGGUUUACUUUACUAAUGAUGGGUCUGUGAAGUACUCAAUCUUCAGAAUGUAUACUAAAUUAGCAUCUUUGUCGGACUUGUAUGCCAAGUGCGGGGAAUUGGGAAACUGGGUACUUGGGUGCAACGAGGAUGUUGGAUUAUUCGGAGAAAUGCACCCUGCCGGGGCUGAGAUACUGGGAAGCCUUGUUGAUGCAUUUGCAAACCUAGGUGCUCUCAAGAAGAUUACAAAACAGGAAGCCUUGACACUGUUUGAUCUUGUUGAUGGCUCAUACCAUCACUAUGAGCCGAGCCCCUCAGAAAGAGCCAUACGACGUGAGAUGCUGACACCUUCAUACAAAUACCGAGCCGAGCAUGUACAGAAUACCCUAUGUCUCAAACGAGUAAAACCUCAUGGGAGAGGCAUGGCUAUUCAAGGGUUACACAUAUGGUCGGGUAGACAGGACCAACCCGACCACUAUGGCACCAUGGCCAACUAA